UUGGGAGGCGUCAUUGGAAGCUUAGGGGCAGCAUGGCUUCGCUCUGCUUUACUGGUAGGCGCUUCAGCUGGAGGUUACUCGCUUCUUCUCACCUCUUUUGUUGAUCUACUGCGGAACCGUCAUACCAUAAACCACAGAAAAGUUCGUUCAAUAUUCACGCCAACGGUGAUAAUCACCGACAUGAUCUACCACGUUUAUAUGAGAGAGACGCAGGUUUCAUGGCAAGCCCAUUUGUUCGGCGCACUUACGGGACUGGUUCUAGGCUUGGUUGUACUGCGCAAAACACCUACCAAAACCACCAGUGUUGGAUAAUCUGGGACUGACAUUUUUCAGACCAUCUUAAUAGGGUCGUUGGACAAAAUGUGCACGAAAAAGUAUAGGUUUUUUAGACGUUUUUAACUUUAUUAGGUGGCAUCCAGGCUAUUAAACUCUUUAACAUCUCGCUAAUUGAUUUGGAGGACUUCUGCAAAUUGUAUAAGAUAGAAUUGCACUAUACCACAUCCAAGAAUAGUAAUUCAAAUUCACCUGUCGAAAGAUUCCAUUUAUCCAUAAUAGAAAGAUAUCGUUGCUUAAAAGCCCAUUUACACGCUCAAGCCAUCUGAACGAUCUCGCUUGCGCAUGCCAGAUCUGUGCAGAUGAACCAAACGAAAAUCUGGCGUUUACACGGUCAGUGCGUUUUACACAGAUGUGAAGGAAGACCACCCAAACGUGCAUUGUUGCCAAGAUGUAACAUUUGGACGAAGAGUUAAUUCUUGCAACGGCUGCAGUGUGUGUAAUUAAAAAAAAGAUGAACUUAAAAACUAAAAGGAAAUGGUGUAAACCAUGGUUGCUGAAUAGGAAUUU